CACACACACACACACACACACAAACACACUCACACUCAUGCUUGGCCACUCUCGGUUCAGUCCGGUGAGACAGGCAUAGUGCCUCCAUCUCAGUGCAUAUCUCUGUUGAUGUCUGUGUGUCUCUAAUGCUGAGCUCAGCCUGUUUACCAAGAUGGCUCAAAGGAAAAGGAGUUUUACUUUUGGAGCAUAUGGAGGAGUUGACAAGACAUUCUCCAGAGCUCGAAGCUUAUGGAAACAGGAUGGAGGAGAGGCACGUAUCUCUAGCACUCUAGACGCCACACUGCUCCAGGCUCCGCUGCCCUACACUGCCCCUGCAUUCCUAAAGACUACUGAUUUAUUUGAAAUGAUUGAAAGAAUACAGAGCAACAGAAUGGAUGAACAGCGGUGUACCCUUCCUCCACCCCUUAAAACUGAGGAGGACUAUAUCCCAUACCCUAGUGUUCAUGAGGUGUUAGGCAGGAAAAGCCCUUUUCCUCUGAUCCUGCUGCCUCAGUUUGGAGGUUACUGGAUCGAAGGCACCAAUCACGAGCUGAGCAAUGGAAAUGACUUGGAUCAAUUGCUGUCUCCUACGUCCCACAUCAAGCUGGAAACCAACACUACAGCCAGGAUCUUCCGGAAACACUUCAUGGGAAAGGAGCAUUUUAAUUACUACACAAUGGACAGCGCUCUGGGCCACCUGGUCUUCUCAGUUAAAUACGAAGUGAUUGGGGACCAGGAGCACCUCCGUCUGAUGUUAAGGAGCAAAUUGAAGACAUAUCACGAUGUGAUCCCAAUAUCAUGUCUGACUGAAUUCCCCAACGUUGUCCAGAUGGCCAAGCUUGUGUGUGAGGAGGUGAACGUGGAUCGCUUCUUCCCAGUGCUUUACCCAAAGGCUUCGAGGCUUAUUGUGGCUUUUGAUGAGCAUGUCAUCAACAACAACUUCAAGUUCGGAGUAAUAUAUCAGAAGUUUGGACAGACUGUUGAGGAGGAGCUGUUUGGAAAUAAUGAGGAAAGUCCUGCAUUUGUGGAGUUUUUAGAGUUUUUGGGUCAGAAGAUCGAGCUCCAUGAUUUUAAAGGAUUUAGGGGAGGCUUGGACGUGACACACGGGCAAACGGGCACAGAAUCAGUCUACUACAAUUUCCAUAACAAAGAGGUCAUGUUCCACGUAUCCACCAAGCUCCCCUAUACGGAAGGUGACAUGCAGCAGCUGCAGAGAAAGAGACAUAUAGGAAAUGACAUUGUGGCCAUUGUGUUCCAAGAAGAGAACACUCCAUUUGUGCCAGACAUGAUUGCAUCAAACUUCCUUCACGCCUACAUUGUGGUACAAGUGGAGAAUGCGUGUUCUGACAAUGUCCUGUACAAGGUGUCAGUGACUGCGAGAGAUGAUGUCCCAUUCUUUGGACCGGCCCUUCCUGAUCCUGCCAUAUUCAGGAAAGGAUCAGAGUUCCAUGAGUUUUUAUAUACAAAGCUAAUCAACGCUGAGCACGCCUGUUACAAAGCUGAGAAGUUUGCCAGACUUGAGGAGCGCACUCGGGGAGCCCUGCUGGAGACACUGUAUGAAGAGUUGCAUAUCCACAGUCAGGCCAUGAUGGGGCUCGGUGGGGAUGAGGAGAAGCUCGAGAAUGGAGGAGGUGGAGGAGGGGGCUUCUUCGAGUCUUUUAAGCGGGUGAUCCGCAACAGGAGCCACUCUCUGGAUGCCAUGAGUUUCAGUAUUGGGAAGCGCGUGGUCUCCUCUAGUCACAGCGGCAGUUUUACCCACAACAACAACAACAACGAUCAGCUGCACUCACCAGAGACCCCCAAAUACGCUGGGAUAUCAUUGCUUGUCCCAGGGAAAAGUCCCAGUAAAUACGGACGUCGCGGCAGUGCCAUAGGGAUAGGAACGAUAGAAGAGUCUCUGAUCAUUCCUGGGAAAAGUCCAACGAGGAAAAAGUCUGGCCCAUUCAACUCUCGCAGGAGCAGUGCUAUCGGCAUCGAGAACAUCCAGGAGGUGCAGGAGAAAAGGAUUGCCGCUCUUUUGUCAGAGGACAGGACAGUGCUCUGUGUCUCUCUACCCAGCGUCAGUCUCAGGAACGGCAGACUCAUCAUGGAUUCCUCAAACAGCAGGGACAGUUCGCCGAGCACACAGAAGACUCCUGACAGUGGACACAUUUCACAGGAACCCAGGUCUGAAAACUCAUCCAAUCAGAGCUCACCUGAGGUCCUUGUCACUAAGAACAACUCAGCCAUGUGCUUCAGAGUUCCUUCCAUCCCUGAAGCUCAUGACUUGUCACGUUCCUCCUCAAAUGCCAGCAGCUUUGCAAGUGUGGUGGAGGAGAACGUGACCGAGGCCACUGAGGACUACGAUACAGGCAUGGAAAGUCUGUCAUCAGCAGGGACACCACACAAGCGGGACUCAUUCACCUACAGCACAUGGCUGGAGGACAACGCAAACAACAUCACCACCACUAGAAGUUCUCCUGGUACAGGAAAACCUCCCGACGGUGGUAAAGGUCAUGAGCAGAACCGGACGGACAUCCGCUUCAAACUAGAUCGACCGCUUGACCACAAGUCUACAUCGAGCUGCUAGCCUCGCCAAUCUGAUUACGUCAUGGCUCUCCAUCAACAGCUACCAUUAUAGCAUUCCUAUAAAACUCACGAGCUCGGGUUUUCACCGUGACUGCUACUGCUGCUGAAGAUGAUGAUGAAGAUAAUGAAAAUAGCUCCAACCUGCACCACAGUGACAGGAUUGUGAUUAUGUACAUAAUAGAGUGACUAUGCCCUGCAUCAGACUACUGCUCUACUGGUGGCCCAGUGCAGGACCGGGUGAGAGAGAGGUGGGAAUGGGGUCACAGGCUGCAUGGAGAGAUCUCAUUUGCACUGCAUCAUUUUCCUUUUCAUGGUCAAUUUCUCAUCUGCUUUCCACUCCGCUGAAUCUGGCCGGUUCUGUUCUGUCCUCAGUACCGCUUCUAGUCCAUGUAGAAAAUCAAGUGCUAUUUUUGCCUGUUAAGCAUAGACUGCUAUCCUUUUCUCAUCUUUGCGAAUGUCUCCUAAAGCGGUGCCAUGUUGAGCUCCAAAUAUUUUUUUAAAAGAGCAGCAUGCAGCAGGAGCUUGUUCAUCAGGUAAAGCUGACUGGAAUGUUUCUCAGACAUUGGCAUGGGCAUGCUGUUUUUUUUAUAUUAUUUUAUUUUGAUUAUUAUUGUUAUUGUCUAAUUUUUGCCUCUGCAUAAUCACUACUGAUACUGAUAUUGUGUGACAUAAAAACAUACAUUUCUAUAUAAAACUACAGAGUAAACAUUUUCAUCAAUAUCAUUCCCAGUCUGUCAACAAAAUGGAAAAAAAAGAUUGAGUUUUAGUCAGCUAGUAUACAUUCUUUAAAUAGAAAUUGCCUUACUUAACCCUCAAACAGGUGAUUCAUCUAGCCAGCCAAGUGGCCCCAGUGUUCAUCAAACGUGAUUAACUGUGGUGUUAUAAACUUCAUAUGUCCUGUCUUUAGUGAGAAAAACUCCUUUAUUGAGUCUCGGUUAUUUCUGUGCAAGAGACCGUCACCUUAAUUAUAUACAGCACAGAAAACAUUAUAUACAACAAACUGUGAGUUCUUUCUGUAACAUGCUCACUUGAGUAUAAAAUGGUGUCUUGGUCCUUGGUUAAUGUGUUUGGACCCUAGCUCUUUGAAGAAUGCCACUUUAAGGUUUAACAUCUGCCUAAAAUAUGCAAGCCUUCCUGUUCAAAUCCAUGCCACUACACAAAUUGUCAUAUAUGGUGAUAAUUUUCAUUUCGACCCGAAGCUAAUGUGUUGUAAAAUAUAUUUAUUUUUUCUCCAAACAUAAAGAUUAGUCUAUAUAGAUCAUCUCUAUAUACGCAUAAGCCUAAACCUGACACUGUCUUUGUACCUCAGUAAUGCCAAAUUCACUGAUCAUGUGUCCUUAUGUAAAAUGUAGAUAUCACCGAGAAUCACUGAGAAAGGAUUAAAGUGCAUGUGGUUGCUUUACUGUAUGGAACAGUGGCAAUUACAGAGGAUGUGAGGUAGCUGAAGGUAUAAAUGUUGAGUAAAUAUUCAAGUAUAUAUGCUUAUUUAUUUGAAAGAAAAAAAAAGAUUGUUUUUAUUUGUCCCCAGUGACCAAGCCAUGAACAGAACUUUCUAUUCAUUUUUGUUGGUAACAAGUGAAAAUGAGGAUUAUGAAUCAGUCUACUAAACCCUUAAUUCCUUUAGUAUGUCAUUAUGAGUGAGAUAUACCGUAAAUGUGUGGGGUCCCGGGAGUUUAAAGGGAGUUUUUAUAUACAUCUCCCUGACUGACCUUCAUAUCAGUCUUGCUCUAUAAUGCAGGUCAUUAGUGUGUGAAGAUGAAUGACAAUUUCAAAGUUCAUAGAAAUACUUUGAAUGAAAUGUAUAAAAGUGAGAAAAAUAAAAUCUUUUUUUCUUUCUCUCUUUUUUUUUUGCUGAAACAAAUGAAUUGGCUUUGUCAACCCUGCUUAGUGCUUUUGUGUCCCUCUGUGGUCAGUUCUGGUCUUUUUAAGCUAGAAGCAUCCAUGUUGUAGUUUCAGUACAAAAGUCAAAUUAGGUAACAAAAAAUCGAGCAGGAAAUGUGUGCUGCUCAAAACAGGGUACAGAUCAAGCAUCGCUAUGACUGUUAGUGUGACCUCUUCAUGCUUUGGUGGGCUCAUUUGUGUAAAUACAGUUGUUUUGUACAUAGUCCUACUGCCCAAAAAAAAUGAAAUAAAGAGAUUUGGGUGGAAUAUUU